CCUAAAACCCUAUUGGAGAAACUUUCUCUUCUGCCCCGCCCGUCUCUCUCUCUUCCCCUCAAACCUUCUCUCGCUCUAUAUAGACCUUUGUCCCUGUGCAUUUCAUCCAUACUGACGUAUUGUGUAAACCUUCACUCGCUCUAGACCACGUUUCUUGGUUUUUUGCUUGCUAGGAGUAGCAACCAUGUCGUUGAGGCCUAGCGCGAGGACCGAGGUUCGCCGGAAUCGCUACAAGGUGGCGGUCGAUGCCGAAGAGGGACGGCGUAGGAGAGAAGACAACAUGGUUGAGAUCCGUAAGAAUAAGAGAGAAGAGAGUUUGCAGAAGAAGAGACGCGAAGCACUCACGGGUAGUCAGUUUUCUGUGCCUGUUCAAUCUGCUUCCGCCGCCGAAAAGAAGUUGGAAAAUCUACCUGCAAUGGUUGCAGGAGUUUGGUCUGAUGAUAACAAUAUGCAGCUUGAGGCCACUACUCAGUUCCGUAAGCUGUUAUCAAUAGAACGCAGCCCUCCCAUUGAGGAAGUUAUUCAAUCUGGUGUUGUUCCUCGUUUUGUUGAGUUUCUUGUGAGGGAGGAUUUCCCGCAACUACAGUUUGAGGCAGCUUGGGCGUUGACUAAUAUUGCUUCUGGGACAUCUGAGCACACAAAAGUAGUGAUAGAUCAUGGUGCUGUCCCGAUAUUUGUAAAACUUCUAGCAUCUCCAAGUGAUGAUGUUCGAGAGCAGGCUGUAUGGGCGCUAGGGAAUGUUGCUGGUGAUUCCCCUAAAUGUCGUGACCUUGUACUUGGACAAGGUGCUUUGAUUCCUUUGUUGGCUCAGUUAAAUGAGCAUGCCAAACUAUCUAUGUUGCGCAAUGCUACGUGGACACUUUCCAAUUUUUGUAGAGGCAAGCCGCAACCCUCUUUUGAUCAGACCAGACCUGCACUUCCUGCUCUUCAGCAACUUAUCCAUUCGAAUGAUGAAGAAGUUCUGACCGAUGCUUGUUGGGCACUCUCAUAUCUUUCAGAUGGUACCAAUGAUAAAAUCCAAGCUGUAAUAGAAGCAAAUGUAUGUCCAAGACUGGUUGAGUUACUCAAUCAUCCUUCGCCUUCUGUCCUCAUCCCUGCUCUUCGUACGGUUGGGAACAUUGUUACUGGUGAUGAUAUGCAAACUCAGUAUAUCAUUAAUCAUCAAGCACUGCCCUGUCUUCUGAACCUGUUGAGCAAUAAUCACAAAAAGAGCAUAAAGAAAGAAGCUUGCUGGACUAUAUCGAACAUCACUGCUGGCAACAAGGAGCAGAUUCAGACCGUCAUCGAAGCAAAUAUCAUUGGCCCUCUUGUUCAUUUGCUUCAGAAUGCAGAAUUUGACAUCAAGAAGGAGGCUGCAUGGGCUAUCUCAAAUGCUACUUCUGGUGGAAGCCAUGAUCAAAUUAAGUAUCUAGUUAGUCAGGGAUGUAUCAAACCGUUGUGUGACCUACUUGUCUGUCCAGACCCUAGAAUUGUGACUGUUUGUCUAGAGGGGCUUGAGAACAUACUAAAGGUAGGUGAAGCUGAGAAGAAUUUGGGGCGAUCAGGAGAUGUAAAUCUCUAUGCACAAAUGAUUGAUGAUGCCGAAGGCUUGGAGAAGAUUGAGAACCUACAGAGUCAUGAUAACAAUGAGAUAUACGAGAAAGCGGUGAAGCUUCUUGAGACAUAUUGGUUGGAGGAAGAGGAUGAUGCAAUGCCACCUGGUGAAACCACUCAGCCUGGUUUCCAUUUUGGAGGUGGUGAUGUUUCUGUUCCCAAUGGUGGAUUCAACUUUAACUGAUUGAAGGUCUUUCUUCUUGAAGUUAAGUGUCAUUAUGGCGGUGGAGUAAUGUUGGCUACACGUCAGGCAUCUGUCUGUUUUCACUCAAGUUCUGCUUGGUCCAAUAUUGUUGUGUGCUUGAAGUUUAUGGACUGGUUCAGGUUUCUCACCAAACAAUAGCAGUGAAAUGUUGAUGGAUUAUGUUAAAGUAAUAUGUUCAUUUCCUUUUGGGGAGAGUUUUUGACAUUUUAAGUUGGGAUUUAUAGAAUUUCCCCUCUUUUGCAUCUACCCAUGUAUUAUCGUCUUUGGUUGGGAAUUUCUAAUUCCUUAGACGUACUUUUAAUAUGCCUACUCUUGGUGUAUGUUCCAUAAAAACUGGUUAUUACUAUUCGGUGAAUGGCAAUAUGCUGUUGAGAUUCUUGUUAUGGAGACAAA